GCUACACUAACUUCAUUCUCUUCCGCAGACACAGGAGAGACACAUCUCAACUGAGCUCUCUAAAGGCGGCAGAAACUAGAAAGAAAAACUCCGUAGAAAUGAUGCGCUGGCAGACUAUGUGCUUAUUGAUUGUUUGCAUGGUAAUUCAGUCUUCUGCUCUAGACAUCGAAUGCAGCUUCGAUUUCACGGGAGUGAAUUGCAGGGAGAACAACACUACGCAAAAGAUAUUAAUUGGAGUUGGUGUGGUCCUUGCUGCUGGAGUGGUGAUUGGGAUCCUGACCUGUUGCUGCUGUGGUUGCUGUGCCUGCUGCAGAUCUGAACCGCACCGUCCCACUGUUCUGAGCACAGCACCUACCACAGUGGUGCCAAUAAAUUAUGCACAACCUAUCCAGACGUACCCAGUCCACCAGGGCUACCAUCCUGUGCCUGUUCAACUAUCUACUGCACAAAUGCCCAUGGCUCCUGCUCCUUACAGCUAUCCCUAUGCAAUGGCACAACAAAAUCAAGGACAACCACCUUCAUACCAAGAGGCUGCAUCUGCUGAACAGCCUUUAUAUCCUGCUGGGGGACAUUCUUCAUAUCUUCCUGCUGUAAAGUGUAACGAUAAUCCAGCCUUCGUUGAUGUAGCGCAACCUGGAAUGUGAAAACAUUGCUAGCUUCACACUAAAAAGCUUCUGUCUGCUUUCAUUCUUCCUAGUAGUCCUCAACUAAGCAGCCAAGGAUGGAUUAUGAGAAGUUUCGGUGAAAAUCUAAACAGAUGAACAUGCCAGGAAGAGUUAGGGAAAAUUAUAGUUGGAAAAAAAUCAUUAUAUAAGUUUCCCAAUGAACAAAUUUCGAGACUCAAGAUUAUUUGUCAUGUGCUCAUUGAAACCCACAGUGAAAUGUGUUUAUUGUGUUAACAAUCUAUUUGUGCAAUGUACAAAGUAUUUCGAAAACCAUUUCUAGUAAGCAGAAACUUCUUACUUCUACUUUCAAGACUAAAGCCAAGAUUUUUGGUAGUUAGUUACUUCCCAUUUGUGUUGGGCACGUGGCCAAGUAGUUAAGGCGUUCGUCUAGUGAUCUCAAGGUCGCUAGUUCGAGCCUCAGCUGUGGCAGCGUGUUUGUGCCCUUGAGCAAGGCACUUAAUCACACAUUGCUCUAGUCUGUGCAAGGAGUGGCGCCCC